AUUUUCGGUUAUUUCAGCGGGGACGGUUCUCCAUCAUUCGAGGGAAACCACGUCAUUCCAGGUAUGCUAGGCGCUUGGUGCCUUGAAUCGUUACCCAUUGUGACUACUUCCAGAAACAAAGCCAAGUGCGAGGAAGAGAAUAUUUUGAGACUGAGUAUCGGAUUUUGGUCUCCGAGCUCUUUGGUUGGAGGGAAGUGGAACCACACGCAUCCCAGUCUCAACAUCAUGAAGAUACUGAAGUUUCAGAGACCGAGCCUGAAGUCGACGAAGACUCCAAUUGGCGUACGUGACCCUUAUCUCUUGGAAGUCGUUGCUAACAGUCUGAAGGUCUCCUGA